AUCACCAUUAAUCCCGCGUCCUCACUCUGCGUCAAACAUACGGUCUCACUUUUCUUUCUUUUUCUCUCCUCUCUACUUCCUCUUCCAAUCAUCCUCACCAUUUUUGCCCUUUCCCAUUUUCCUCAAAAGAAAUAAAAAACCAAUCACCAAAUUACAGAAAAUUCUCAGUUUCUCAAUUUAUGCAAAAAAAAAAAAAAUUGUAGUUGCAUCAGCAUGAAACAGCAGCCAUUAAUUUAAUCGCAAUUAAUACACUCACAGAAAUUUCAAUGGAGCAGUAUUAAAUGUUACAGUUGGUCAUCUCGACAGCUUUUCAUAUGCUUUUAUUACUCACCCAGAAUUCAAUUAUUACUCCAAAUUUCUCUGAAUAACACAAAAUUUUUAAGAACACGAAAAAGAAGGAGAUUAUGAAGAAGAAGAAGAUGCUGAUUUAUGGGAUGAUUUAUAGACUGUCAUUUUUUCUGGGUUUUAUGUUAUCGUUAACAGAAGCAAUUUCAACUACCAAUUGCAGCAGAUCAUGCCACGGGAAUUCAGUGAAUUUCCCUUUCGGAUUCUCCGAAAAUUGCGAGUUUCGAUUGGAUUGCAAAUCCGACGGUAGAAUGGAAUUCAAGGGUUUUCACAUCAGAAACCUAACCUGGAAUUCAAUCCUACUCAAUCUCAUACCCAAUUGCAGCCGCCCGAUUAGUCAAAUCCGGCAACUAUUCGGUAGAAACUUUGCGUUGACUGCGCAAAACGGGUUGCUGUUACAGAACUGCAGUACGCCGUUAAACGGGUGUAUAAUUCCGGCGAGCUUGGUAGAGAGUAGGUUUACGAGGUGUGAUGGGAGGAGAGAGAAUAUGAGCUGUUAUGCGACGGAAAAUCCUACUGUAGGUGGUGGAAUUUUGAGGUAUGAGGAUGUUAAUAAUACUGGGUGUAAGUUCCUGUUUUCGUCGAUUGUUGUCGACGAUUUCGACACCGGAAAUGGUGUUUCCGACGCCGGAGGUGGUGUUUCCGACGCUUUUCUGGAGUUUCAGACGGUUCAAGUUGGUUGGUGGCUGCCUGGCACGUGCCUGUGUGAUCGGAAUGCUAAUUGUAGUAAUGUUGGAGCUGCCGGUUACCGGUGCCGGUGUAAUCAAGGUUUUUCCGGUGAUGGGUUCGUCAACGGCGAGGGUUGUCACAACGUUUCAGCUGCAGCUGCUAUUGGUCCCGUCUCUAAGCAAAAUGGAGGGGCUAAAAUUCCAGUUCUUAUUGGAGGCAUAAUUGCAGGUGCUGUUUCUAUGACAAUCCUAGCUACUAUUUGCUACUUCUGCCGGCGUCGCUCUGCUCAUCUGAAAAGCCGUACAAGUGCAAGACGUCUUCUUUCCGAUGCCAACGGCAACACCCCUGUUCCUUUGUAUCCUUACAGGGAGAUCGAAAGAGCUACAAACGGUUUUUCUGAUAAACAAAGGUUAGGAACCGGUGCAUAUGGUACUGUUUAUGCAGGAAGGCUUCACAACAACGACUACGUAGCUAUAAAAAAACUCAAACAUCGAGAUACUGAUAGUACAGAGCAAGUCAUGAACGAAAUCAAGCUCCUUUCUUCUGUUAGUCAUCCGAACCUUGUCCGUCUUCUUGGUUGCUGUAUAGAAGAUGGCGAACAGAUCCUCGUGUAUGAAUACAUGGCGAAUGGAACACUUUCCGAACAUCUACAACGAGAGAGAGAAAGUGGGAAAGCCCUUCCUUGGACUGUACGGCUCACCAUUGCAUCAGAAACAGCACAAGCAAUUUCCUACCUUCAUUCUGCAAUUCAUCCUCCAAUUUACCACAGAGACAUAAAAUCAAGCAACAUACUCUUGGAUUUCGACUAUAAAUCAAAAGUAGCAGAUUUCGGGCUUUCUAGACUCGGGUUGAUGGAACUAUCACAUAUCUCAACCGCCCCACAAGGGACCCCGGGUUAUGUUGACCCGCAAUACCAUCAGAACUUCCAUCUUUCUGAUAAAAGUGAUGUUUACAGUUUCGGGGUAGUUUUAAUUGAGAUUAUAACCGCGAUGAAAGUGGUGGAUUUUAACCGGCCUCAUACCGAGAUCAAUUUGGCUGCUCUUGCUGUUGAUAGGAUAGGAAAAGGACGGAUCGAUGAGAUGAUUGAUCCGUAUCUUGAGCUGCACAGGGAUGCUUGGACUCUUGCAUCAGUUCAUAAAGUAGCAGAACUUGCUUUUAGAUGUUUAGCUUAUCAUAGAGAUAUGAGGCCUUCUAUGAUGGAAGUUUCUCAUGAACUUGAACAAAUUAGGCAAAGUGGGUGGAAUUCUCAAGAGGAAAAUAUGUUUAUGGCUUCAUCAACAGUUGCAUCUUCUUGUUCUUCGCCGUUUAAUGGCAGUGAUAGAUCGUUUGGUGGUUUGUCGAUGAAGAAGGUGAUGGGAAGUCAGAGAGUUGUUGUUCCACAGAAGGGGAUCGAUCAUCUUGCUUCGUUGGAGGAAGGGAAAGAUUGUUCCCCUGUUUCGGUUCAUGAUCCUUGGUUUAGUGAACAAAGCUCACCUUCAACAAACAGCUUGUUGGGUCAUGUAAUUCAGUAACUUUGUAAUUAGACCUGGUUAUUGGGCAGGUCGGGUCAGGGUCGGAAGCGAAACCUGGUAAUGAAGGGGUCAAUUUUAGCGGGUCAAAGUGGAUUACCGGUCAAUAAGAGCAAUAAGCCCUAUUAACUUGACUCAAACCCUAUAUCCAUUGGGCUAUCAAUCUAUCAUGUCCAAUAACCAGGUUUACUCGUAAUCUGUUCUCUUAUCGUCGUAUAAUGUGCAUAAUCUGGUGUUUUGCUGCAUGUUUUGGCAGUCUAUUGCUUUUUUUUUUCCUGCUUAUUGUCCACGCAAGGUGGUGGUACAUAAUGUAGAACUGGAAAAUGAAUCAAUUGAAACAAAAUUGUACUCGUAUAUGUCUAAGGAACCAUCUAUUUGCGCC